CGUUGUUUAGCAGCAGAGAAGGCGAAGUGGACGUUGAAAAAAAGGAACAUUUCUAAACGCUCUACAACAAAAUGUGAGAGCAGGCAGGCCUGCUGCUCGGCUCGAGAGAAGGUGCAGCAGGUGGACACAAUAAAAUGGCUAUCACUGCAAGCAGGCCACUUUGUUAGAACUGUGGCUGAAUCUUGGAGCAGAGAUGAUAGCUGAACCGGAGACACCCAGCAGAAUUUCCUACCAAAAAGAGAAUGAGAGCCACUGUGAGUCUGACGAUGACUUGGAGAAUCAGAGGAGGGGAAGUGAAAGCAUUACUUCGACGUGGAAGAGACGAAGGGACCAGCCGGAGAAAAGCAGACGGAGAUCGUCAACCUUAAGGAGUUGCCGCCAGGUCCGAUCAGAUGGGCAUGAGCAGCAGGAUGAAGUUGAGGCUGUCACACUGUUUGAAGUGGUCAGGAUGGGCAAGAGCGCUAUGCAGUCUGUGGUUGAUGACUGGAUUGAAGAGUAUAAACAAGACAGAAAUACUGCGCUCCUGGAUCUCAUCAUUUUUUUUAUUCAGUGUUCAGGAUGCAGAGGAAUGGUUACGGCUGAAGUUUUUCAAAAUAUGCACAGUCCUGACAUUAGGAGAAAAAUGACUGAGGAAUUUGAUGAGGAGACUGGCUUACAGUACAAGAAGUUCAUGGUGUAUCCCUGGAUCCUGAACGUAACAUGGCCACUUGAUCUGGACAGUGGGGAUUACCCCCUGACAAUGUCGGGACCCUACUGGAAGAAGUUCAAGUCCAAUUUCUGUGAAUUUCUCUCUGUGUUGAUUCAGCACUGUCAGUACACCAUCAUACACGAUGAGUACCUGAUGGAUACGGUGAUCUCUCUUCUAACUGGCCUCUCGGACUCCCAGGUGCGGGCAUUCCGACACACCAGUACCCUUGCAGCUAUGAAACUAAUGACAGCUUUGAUCAACGUGUCUUUGAGUCUGAGAGUACAGUUACACAACACCCAGAGACAACGUGAAGUGGAGAAGAUUAACAUAAGACCCAACCGGGGACUAGAGACAUUCUUGCAGAAGAAGGAAGAGAUUAUAGAAAAACAGGAGAAUAUUGAAAACCUGAUGAACGCCAUUUUCAAAGGAAUCUUUGUCCAUAGAUAUCGUGAUGCAUUGCCUGAAAUCAGAGCUAUUUGUAUCGAGGAAAUAGGCAUCUGGAUGAAAACCUGCAGCGAUCGCUUUCUGACUGACAGCUACUUGAAAUAUGUGGGGUGGUCUUUGCAUGACAAACAAAGUGAUGUGAGAUUGAAAUGCCUGAUUGGAUUGCUGGGCUUGUACUCUGACAGGGAGUGUUGUGCAAAGAUGGAUCUUUUCACCUGUCGCUUCAAGGAUAGAAUCAAGUCAAUGACACUGGACAAAGAAAGUGAAGUAGCUGUACAAGCAAUUAAGGUGUUAACUCUCAUGUUGCAGAACUGUGAAGAUGCAUUGACUUCAGGAGACUGCGAACAGUUGUACCAUUUUGUGUAUUCGGCACACAGACCUGUUGCUUUAGCCGCUGGAGAAUUCCUACACAGGAAGUUGUUUUGCAGUCAGGAGUCUGAAGUACAAGAUGAAUUGUCUGAGAGAAAGGAGAGAGCCACCUGUAACAUCAGCCACUUAAAGACUCUGGUGAACUUCUAUCAGGAGAGUGAGGGAUACACGCAUUCAGCCUACCUCGUUGACAGCCUCUGGGAUUCCUCGGCAUUUCUACUGAAGGACUGGGAGUCCAUGACAGCAUUACUGCUGGAAGAUGGUGUCCCAGGAGAAGAAGCUUUCACUAACGUACAGAAGAAAGCACUGGUGGAAAUCAUGCUGAGCUCAAUACGACAGGCAGCAGAAGGUCUUCCCCCAGGAGGCAGGUGCUUGGGGAAGAAGGUUCAGAUGGGAAAGGAGAAAAAGUCACAGAUGGACGAUCGGGCGAAGCUCACGGAACAUUUCAUUGUGGCACUUCCGCAGUUGCUGGCUAAGUAUUCCACUGAUGAGGAGAAAGCAAUUAAACUAAACCUUCUACAAAUACCCCAGUAUUUUGAUCUGGAGGUCUACAGUACUGUGCAGUUGGAGAAGCACUUGGAUACCCUACUGAAGCAGAUAAAGGAGAUAGUGGAACAGGAGACGGGCUCUGAGGUUCUGGAGUUCUGUUCAAAGGCGUACCUUUUCCUCAGCAAGGAAGAGCUGGCUGCUCAUGAACAAGUAGAACUAGCAAAAAGCCAACUGUUCGACCAGCUUGUGGGGAAGUUCAACCAGCUGCUGAAAGACUUUCUUCACAAGGGAGACCGGUUUGAUGAGACUGAAUCUUACCAAAUGUGGUCAACGUUGAAAAGAAUAACCACCUUCCACAAUGCUCACGACAUAACGCGAUGGAACCUGUUGAACAGCACCUGUAAACUGCUGAAGAGUGGGUUGGAGGAUGGGAACGUCCCUGAGCCAAUCAUUAUUCAGGCAAUAAAGUGCAGCUACUUUCACAUCAUGUGGCAGCUCUCCAAAGUAUCCGAAGGCAUUUCCUCUAAGAGCGUGCAGGUGUCAGUGGGGAAGCAGAUGAGGGGAUUCUGUUACAUCUGCAGGCGGUACCUGACCAAUGUCAGCAGUGUUGUCAGAGAGCAGGCAUUCGUAAUCCUUUGUGACCUCCUGCUGGUGUUUAGCCACGAGGUUCUGUCCAGUGGCGGUGAGAACAUUGAACCCUUUGCCUACGUUCCCGAGGCUUCCCUGCAGUCUGAGCUUGUGGCCUUUGUCAUGGAUCAUGUGUUCGUCCCCCAAGAUGACGAGAACGUCAACAAAGAUGAAGAACACAAAGUGGGUGUUUUACACAAGAGGAGGAAUCUUCUUGCUGCCUUCUGUAAGCUGAUUGUGUUCAGUGUGGUGGAGAUGGAGAUCGCUGCCGACAUCUUCAAACAGUACAUCAAGUAUUACAUCGACUAUGGAGACAUCAUUAAGGAAACGCUCAGCAGGACCAGACAGAUUGAUAAAAUUCAGUGUGCGAAGACCUUGAUUCAGAGCUUAAAGCAGCUGUUCAGUGAACUGUUGCAAGCUCAAGGCUCCAAUGUAACCAGAUGGUCUCAACCGUUCACCAGUAUAAAGGAUUUGGCCAGACGCUUCUCGCUGACUUUUGGCUUGGACCAGUUGAAGACCAGGGAGGCAAUGGCCAUGUUGCACAAAAAUGGCAUUGAAUUUGCCUUCAGAGACUUCAAUACAAAGGGUAAGAAUCAGCCUCCCCCUAACCUGGCCUUCCUGGAUAUCUUGAGUGAAUUUUCCCCAAAGCUGCUGAGAACAGACAAGAGAACAGUAUUCAAUUACCUGGAGAGGUUCAUAACCGACCAGAUGGCAGUAGAGAGUGGAGAUGAAUGGCUCCCACUGGCCUCGUACAGACGGUCCUUGUUGGACACCAGGGAUGAUGAUACAACUUCCACAAGUAGCAGUGACAGGAGUCCACCAUCCUCAACACAACACAAUUCCAGAACAGCAUGUCUGAAAAGGAGGCACCAAACGGGGGACAGCAUUAGUAAUGUGGGGUUGAAUGAGGAGCAGAGGGGAAACCAAUUACCCAGCCUCCUGAUGUCUCGGUUGACUUCGACGGAGCUCAGAGAAAAUGAGAGGCAUGUGAGCCAGAGGGGAAGUCAUGUAAAGGAAGAUCCAAUGGACAAUGAUGGGUUACAGUCACUUUGCAGUGAGUAUGGGACCACAACAAUGGGAAUCACAGAUAGGACAAUAGCAGAAGAUGCAGCUAAAUCACCCGAGAGCGACCUUGAUGAUUUGAAUGAAAUAUUGGACAUUGAUAAUGACUGACAUGGAUCUGAUGCCAGUGAGGGGACUAUCUCAAGGUCAAGGCACUAUCGGCGUCAACAUUUCCAAUUGUGAACUGUUGAAGACACGGCUCUUUUAAAAGAAUUUACAUUAUAAACAUUUUGAGAAUCAGAGACCAAUGUAAAACAGUUGGUGGUAAUGUUGCAGUACCUAGGAGCUAAACAGAAGAAAGUUACCUUGCAAAAAAAAACCCUUGCAGAAGAACAUCACCCUUGGCUGGGAUAGUUCUUUAGAGGACAUUAAUUUCUGCAGCUUACACUGUAAGAUCUUAUUUCUCCCUCUCAAAAGUGUUUGAAAAUGGUUAGUGUACAGUGGCAUGCAAAAGUUUGGGCACCCCUGGUCAAAAUUUCUGUUACUGUGAAUAGCUAAGCGAGUAAAAGAUGACCUGA